AUGUCGGCGUCGUUCGAACAAUUGUUGGGAGCAGCCGCAGAUGUCAGAGAGUUGGAGUAUGUGGCCGCUCUGCAUCAAACGGAUCAAACCAGAGUGAGGAACGAUGGAAGCAUCAAAGCCGAAGACAUUCAGUUUUUUCUUUCCAGUCGAUACGGUAUCAUUGUGGAUGAAGAAGAUGUCAAGAAUUGCAUCAUGUCCAGUUUGGGUGGUGGCGACGAAGGUGUGGUUGGUGGUGGUGGCAGUGGCAGCAGCACUGAGCAACAAGACGACGAAGGACGGGGUGGAUGUUGUCAAUCAAAGGAAGAACCACCUAGUGCGGACGGUGACGUCCUGGACUUGAUGGAGAUUGUGGCCAUGUUGUUGAUCCCUACGUUCUUAAAAGCUGCUCAUACAGAUACAGGAGAAUUGACAGAGGUAGAAUUUGAAAGCAUUAUUCAAAUGGAUCCACCACCCGCCAAAGAAAAAGAAGAACCACCCAAAGGAGUUGGAGAUUGUAUCAGCUGGUUCCUCUCGGGAGGGUGCUGCAAAAUGAACGACUCGUCUCCCGAACAAAAGAAAAUCGAACAAUCCACGCCGUUUAAAAGAAGCAGCAUCACCGGGCCUCCCACCACGGGGCUGGAACUUGGACCGCAAAGAAUGCUGGAUUAUGUCUUGAAAAUGAUAUUAUUUGAUGUCACCAAGAGCUCCACUCCCAAGACGCUCUCUCCAGCUCUGAUUGCAGAAAUAUUGGUGGCCUAUGGGGAACAUAGUCUGGCCCAGGACACGGAACUAGUCAACAAAAUGUACGAGGCGGCGAUAGACCCCAGCGACAACAACGCAACCCCCGUGCUGAACGUCGAGGCGUUUGCACGAGCAUUGACACAUGACGUACUCCUUUACGAUAUCCGCAACGAGAACCGCAGAACAACCAACUUUAACGAUGUCGUUUUCACGGAACAAGAGCUGGAUGAAAGAGAGGAAGCGGCCAUUGAAACUGUCAAGCAAGAUCCAGAGGGACGGGAUUCCGAACUCAUUGAAGUAUCGCGAUACUACAAUUCCCUAAGAAACAUGUUGGCAAGGGCCGAGCAUCUGGAACAAGUCGACACCAUUCCCGCCAUUGAUAUUCGUGCUGGAACAUAUCGAUCCAAGGGAUUGUUGGUCAUGCUCUUCUCGACAAUCAUGAUUACCUGGUUCGCAUACUUUUCAAAUUUCGACACAAAGGUGCUGGAAAAGUGCACGGAGAUCUAUGAUCUUUCGUAUGCGUGGAACUCUCCUUGGGAAGAGAAUACGGACGUCAUUGCCUGUGAGGCGCUUGGCAGCAUUAUCAACUGGCUUGUCUUCUUUCUGGGGCUGAGCGCGUUUGGUGUGAUUGGUGUGACCAUUGGAAGUAUCGGCAAUGAUGUAGUUUCCAAGGAAGGAUGGAAACCCCUUGUUGGCAUUGCUGCGAUCUUGCUCUUUGUCACUGUGCCUUAUUUUGUCAGAAGAAGCAUCACCAGCAGCGAGGAAGAUCGGCAAGAGAACACUGUACUUUACUUCGCGUCACUCGUCUUUGCGUUGAUCACUUGCUUCUUCCAUUUGAGCCAUGCAUUGGCCCUGAUCUAUUCAACCGACUUGUCGGAGGAGUUUCGCAAAAGGGCACCUUACGUGGCAUCUCAUCCCAUCCUCAAAAGCACAGUCAGCGAGGAACAAGGAGUAAAGAAGGCGACUGCGAUCAAGCUCACCCAAAUGCUCGAAAACGCCAUGACAAUCCAGAAAUCCAAAGACUUGACUGCUGUACCAAAGAGCCACCACGGACAGGCAUUGAAGCAGUACGAAACAGAAGGAAAACGUUUCAGGACAGCGGGAGGAUUCUGGUGGGCUUGGAGGGAGAUUUUUGGGAGCAACCAAACAUUCGCUCGAGACGGCAUCUGGGUCCCUGCUCGAAUGAUUUCUGCAAACAUUGCACAGUACGUGGUGGCCUUUUACGUUGCGCUUGGAGGAUUCUACUUGGCCACCGAUGCAGCAGAGAACUAUGAUAUCGAAUGGGCCAAACGACACAUCUCCCAGUACAUCGACCGUGCGUUUGAAUUCAACCAGGACUCUCUGGCGGUGUUGAAUGCGACCGCAAACGUGACUUCGAUUGUGACAGACUACUUGACGGUUCUGAACGAAACAUACCCUGACAUAUCAAAAGGCUGUGCUAUCCCCCUAUCGGCUGCGGACUCUCUCUCGGCUACGGAUUUGCUCCUGAGCGAAUACUGCACGGGAACACAGGAGGUAUUCCAGUGUGAUUUCACAGAUGCGACCGAUGUCAACGUGUUGUGCCCGCUCUUGGACCCCACAGCUGCCCAAUCUCUCAACGCCUCCACCACGUUGGCCUUGUUGAGUGCGUCUGGGUUCGAAACGGAAUCCUUGCAGGCUGCUGCUUACGAGGCCGCACAGCAGGCCGCUUACGAGAGCGUUGACAAUCUAUACCCCACGGACAAGUACAUGAUCACGAUCCCUCUGUAUGUCGCGACCGUCAUCGCAUUCUUGAUGGCGCUCUCGCUUGCUGUCAUUUAUAUCCCUUCGACGGUCAACACGAUGCUGAGGCUGAGAUGCGGCGACAUCCCCACUCUGCGCAACAAGGACUUCCAUCGGUACAGAAACGCACCGGAUCUGGUGUCGCAACUCACCGGUAGCCUGUUUUGGGGCAGUCUGUUUUCCAGCGUGCUAGUGGGUGGUGUCAUCGGGUUGAUUAUUUUCUUCUUCCUGUGGCAAGGUAGCGUCUACUACGCCCAGCGUGUUGUGGCUAUCCUUUGCGGAAUUGUUAGCGUGGUGAUCGUGAGGCAAGCCAUAGUCUGCAGUUGCCGGUGCACGCAGUACAAAUCAUUCUAUCGGAAGCAUCCUGCCUCUGCCAACAUUAGUAUCCUUGCGUUGGAAUGGGGAAGCUUUGCCUUGUCGGCUGCUUGGGUGAUUGUGCGCUCUGUGAAACUGCUGCUAGCCUCCGCGACAUUCAUCGGUCGGGUCGACACGCCGUUUUUGGCCCACAACGUCGGGAGAAUUGGCCCGUUGGAGCUCGACUCGGCCCCCAUUAUUCAUAUGAAGGAAAUUCUUAGCCACGAGGCGCACAGACACCCGUACAUCGAACAGCUUGGGGUGAUCUACCUGAUGAAGCUUCGAUACUCGGACGACUUUGGGAACAGAGCCGGUACCUGCUGGAGGCUGCUGUUUGUGUAUGCUCUCAUGCCUUGGCUAAGCAAGUAUCGCAUCACGGCUCGCCCAGGCAACGAACAAAACGACGUUGGAAAGCUACAAGAGCACUACCCGUCAGCGAGCUUCGCCGUUAGCCUGAGGAACCUCGCCACUGAAGACAAAGAUGUUCGCAUGGCAGAGCUAGAUUCGGAGAAUCAAUGGCUCCAAACUGAGUACCGGAAGCUACAGGAGAAGUUGGCCAGGGACACAAAGGAGACGGUUGCACUAUACAACUACGAAACAUUUCAUGGGUUGACUCACGGCACGGCCACCGUCGAUAUGGUGGCCAUGCUGCCUGAAGGAAUUGACGGUUGGGCCGACGGUGGGGGGAAGAGGACAAGUGGAAAAUCUUCCAGGAAGAAGCCAGGUGUUGCCCUGUCUGAUUUGCAACCGGUUGCCCCACCCGAGGAAGCCUUUGAGGCUUGA